AUUCAAUAAUAGAAGUAAUACAACUAGGAAUUGAGAACAGGGAAAAUGGCGACUGGAUAUAGCAUUCGAGAACAAACUUUUCAGAAUGCCGUUGAAACUGUGCUGAAACCCAACGGUGUUAAAGUUGGUGGCUAUCCCGAAGAUAUAUUUAUUGACUUAAAACAGGAAGAGAUCGAUAAAUGGACCUGCAACAUCUGUUACUUAGUCGCCAAGGACAUUAGGGAAUGCACUAAUAAGCAUCUCUUUUGCCAUACCUGCAUUUUUGCUUGGACAUUAACCUUUGGAGAAAACUCAGAAAAGUGUCCUGUUUGUAGAAUUGACCAAAAGACUUAUACGGAGGCAUGUGCGGAAAAUCAAUCAGUAUUAGAGAAGAGGGUCAGUUGUCCAGAAAAGGACUGUGGUUUCAGGGCUCCUCUCAAGAUAUUUUUGAUGCAUACGCAUGGAAAAGAAAAAUUCUCAAAUGAACAUAUUAAAGAUUUGGAAAAAUUAAGACCACCAGCACCAACAAGGGGAAGAAUGCUCGUUUUAUCACCCCACGGAUCGGGCCAGCAAAGACUAUUAUCUUUUCGAGAGCAAAUACAUAGAGGUAGAUUCGUGCUCCAACAAAUGAUGAUACUUCUACAUAUGGAAAAUCGACUGAGGGAACGAGCUACAAUGCAAGCAAAUUCAAACUCUACUCAGAGAAUUCGUCAAAUCGAUGAAGUUUUGGCGCUGAAUGAACAAUUAACCGAAGUGAACAACAUGCUAACUGCUUUGGCAAAUCUUAGUGAGAGUAGAGAUGUGCUACAGCUAACAAAUCCAAGUCCUCCCGUUCAAUCUUCUUUUCCACCAUCAAUCACAAGACACUUAAUUUCAAUUCCAGACCUUUCUAGCAGCGGCAGUACCACCGAUGAGGAAGAUGAUGAAACAAUAGUACGUUCCGUAUCAUCAGUAAACAAUACAUCGAGCUCGUCGAACAAUCCAUCUCUACCUAGAAUACUUAAUUCUUCGAUAGUAUCAGGAUCAACAGAAAGACGACCUCCAACUUAUGAAGUGAGAGAUGUGAUCUCCUCCACACAGGGAGCAAAUUCAUCCCGUGGAGCAACUCAACAGAACAACGAAUCUGAAACUCCGGCUGUUAGAAGACCUUACCCUCCCCGAGGAAGAUUUAAUCGUGCUAGCAGAGUAAAUAUGGAAAAUAGUAAUGCAGCUAAUAAUAGAAAUCCAGCAACGAGUAGUUCGCCCGAACGUCGUGGUCCUGCUACUCCUGGACAAUUAUUAAGAGCAAGGAGGAAAUCUACUCAACGUCCUAAUCGACCAUAGAAAAAUGCUACUCAAAUAAUGCAUUAGCAUACAUUCAAACCAUCCUUGCAACUAAUAUAUAAAGUACAUGCAGUAAAUCCAGUAUAUGUAUAUGAAUUUAUAUAUACUGUAUAUACAGUAUAUAAAAUAUAUAUACAUGUAUAUAAUUUAUUCUGAACAAAUAUUUAUAAAUUUUUUGCCAUUUACACAACGGUAUAAAAAGUUUGAAAUAGCUUAACAAAACGAUUAAUAAAAAAUUUUUUAAUAAAAUAAGAGGAAAAAAAUUAAUGGAACAUUGUUCUAAGAGUUUCAAUUACACCAUCUGAAGAUUUACUGAAAGGAAACAAUUUAGAGAUUCGAUUUCAAAAGGUUCGGUUUUUGCGCGAAUAGAAGGAAACUAUUUUAUUAGAAUAAAAUACUCUUAUCAUCUUAGUUACUCAUGACAAAAGAAAUUCAUUCUUUUAGGAUUGUUUACAUUACUAAAAUAAUACAAGCGUGUCCAUCGUAGAAUGAGAGCAUUGAAACAGAAAAUUUGCAUAAUUAUCCCCAUAUCAGUUUUGAAUUUUGACACCAUUCCUUUCAGCUUAAUUAUUAUUAAACAUAUACGCUUAUACAUGCACAUAAACAGAAAUAUGAAUCGCUUUCCAACAUAUAUUUUAGAUAUGGAAGAAGUGAAUAAGUCUUCAAUUAUUCUAUUCUUGUUCCAAAAGCGUUUACUGUCAAAGUACACAAAAAUUAGAUAUAUUUAUAGAUUUGAUACACAGUUAAAUUAUAUUUUUGUGAAACACCUUUUACAUAAAAUAUUAUACUG